AGACUCGGUGACACCAUGUCCUCACCUUUCUGUGUCCAGGUGUUUUUUGACAUCACAGUGGACGGACACGAGGUGGGACGCAUCGUGAUCGGGCUGUUUGGAGAUGUCGUCCCUCGCACCGUCAAAAACUUUGUCGCUCUGGCAACUGGAGAGAAAGGUUACGGCUACAAAGGAACCAAGUUCCAUCGAGUGAUCAAAGACUUCAUGAUCCAGGGAGGAGACUUCACCCGCGGCGAUGGGACCGGAGGCCACAGCAUCUACGGGACGACGUUCGCGGAUGAAAACUUCAAACUCAAGCACAUGGGAGCCAGCUGGGUCAGUAUGGCAAACGCCGGGCCGGAUACUAACGGAUCGCAGUUCUUCAUCCUGGCUGCCAAGGCGCCGUGGUUGGAUGGGAAACACGUGGUGUUUGGCAAAGUUCUGGAUGGGAUGGCCGUGGUCCACACCAUCGAGCUGCAGGACACCAACGACAGGAACCUGCCGUACACGGAGUGCAUGAUCGUCAACAGCGGCCGGAUUCCCGUCAAAGAACCGUUUGUCGUGGAGGUGGACGGCUGGUAAAGUUGUUCAGAGCGACAAACUCGUAUCUAAAAUUCAUAUCUUUGGAAUCAGUUGCAUUUGCCAAAAAUCACACGUCCGAUGAAAUGCUUUGCUAAUCCACAAAAAAAAAAAAUCUAAAAUAUUCAAAAUGUUUACUUCGUAUAUUUAGU